AUGCUUUUUCUCAUCGGGGCAGUGGGGACACUUCUGUCGACCUUUAUGUCAGCAGAUACGUUGUCGCAAUCCUUUGGACUUAAAGGAAUAAGGGUAGGGGGAUUCAUGCUUGUGUUAUGGAUUAUUGCACUUUUUCUUGCUCCCUGGAUAGGUAGCAUUGAAAUACUUGGUUGGAUACACUGCAUAGUUUUUGUCAGUGCUGCCAUAAAAUUUGGUGAAUCUGGCCUUGCAUACGAUUUUAUAAGAGUUCCACUUUCAACGUAUGUUCCUAUCUUUGGGAUCAUGGACAUUUUGUUUAACUAUGCAUUGUCCACCGCUUAA